AUGGUCGAAGGAGACAACAAGAGCACAAACAUGCUGGCACAGGAAACGGCACAACUGGAGGAGCAACUUCAGGCCUGGGGCGAGGUGAUACUAGCGGGCGAUCGCGUCCUGCGCUGGGAGAAGCCAUGGUUUCCUGGAGCGCUAAUGGGCGCUACCGCCGUUCUCUUCCUACUUAUCUACUAUUUGGACCCAUCAGUGCUGACGGGUGUAUCGAGCGCAGUCAUGCUGCUGUGUCUGGCCGACUACUUGGUGCCCACGUUGGCGCCCCGAGUCUUUGGCUCCAACAAGUGGACCACGGAGCAGCAGCAGCGUUUCCACGAGAUCUGCGGCAACAUGGUGAAGACACAGCGCCGCCUACUGGGCUGGUGGCGUCGUCUAUGCACACUCAAGGAGGAGAAGCCUAAGAUGUACUUUGCGUCAGUGAUCAGCAGCCUGUUGGUGGUGGCCUGGAUUGGACAGCAAGUGCACAACCUCUUGCUCACCUACCUGAUUGUGAGUUUGAUGCUGCUGCUUCCGGGCCUCAAUCAGCAUGGCGUCCUGUCCAAGUACGCCGCUAUGGCCAAGAGGGAACUCAACAAGCUGAUCAAGAACAAGGAGAAGAAGAACGAGUAG